AUGGAAGCUUCAAAGGUCUUGCCAGGUCCUCCUCCCAUCCCCGAAAUCGACAAAUAUUCCAAGACCCCACUGGACGCGAAAAAGUCGGAAAUCGAGAGCAUUCGACGGGUGCGUUUAUCAGUCUGUGAAUGA